CAACGCGCAAUGACCACAGUCGAGCAUAAAGCAUUAUCAACAUCGGGCGAACUUGACCUCUUCCUGUGUCCUCGUUAUCAUCAUUGUCAUCGUUAACACUUGCCCUGAAGAUGUGCGUUCAUUUGAUAUGUAUCCCAGAGAGACUGUGUCAAUAAGAAAACAGAAUUCCAAAGACAUUUAAUCGGAAAAUACAUUCAAUAAAUUCUCGAAGGAUAUCUCGACUCCCAGGGUGCAUUUCGUGUUUCCUGAGUGCUUUUAAUGUUUGAAGAGUGUGCAAAAAAAAGUUAGUACAUUUUAGUGUAAAUUAUUUUUUUAAAAAAGUGAAAAAAAAUGAUAUUUAAUACUCAAGGUAAAGAAGUUGAGUGGAAAUUAAAUGAAAAAGUGCAAUACCCUGAUUUCAAUAGUGUCAAAAGCCAUUACCAUGCUAAAGUUGAUGAUUUAAAAUUAAUUUAGUGAAUUACCUUUUUGAGUAUCUUUGAAGACAUCGUAAUAAUCGCAAAUUUUUACUGCUGAUUGAUAACAUUGACUCUCAGUGAUAAACAAGCUUCAAGUAAAGCUACAGUAUACUUUAAUGACGGAUUUGUGUUGUUAGUCGUGCAUAAAUGAAAAGACAGAAAGAAUAUAGAUGAUCGAUGGGAACUAGGUAGAAGCAGUUAUAGGGAAACUUGAAAGAGUAUCAAAAAUUGGAUUUUUAUUGAACAAUGUCAAUGAUAAGAAGACUUGCUAUAUUGUCCGCUAUAAAAUCAUUACAAUCUAAUGGAACUGUUUCUGAAGAAAGUGAUCCUUGCCCCUCUGGAUAUAAUAUGUCCAGUAACUAUAACGGAAACGUAGGCAUUUUUGGAGCUAGUAUUCAUAGCAACGUUUUAAUUCAAGGAGCAGUAUUAAUGGGAGCUAUAAUCACCGCAGUGUUAGUAUGUUAUUGUUGUUUACGAAACUCUUCAAAAAAUCGUCAGCAACAAUGUUCUGAGUACACUAUAGCAGAACCUGACGUUCAAAGUCUUCAAGUAUUUACAACGAACUCGUACACAGAUCGAGAAUUUGAAGAGCAUCGCUAUGAUGACUGGUUAGAUCGUUCAAAUGAAGAUACAACACCAGUAUCACUACGAACGUGUCCAGGAACACCUGGCCCACCACCAGCUUACGAGAGUUUAAUAUUCGUGCCACCAAGUCUACCAUCACCAAGUCAAAAAGAAGAAUCAACAAUUAAUGAGAACACUAUUUGCUCAUUAGAAAAACUAGAGAAAAAAGAUGAGGGAAUAGAUGAUGGAUUACCACCUUAUGAAGCAGCCAUUAAACUGGCUGCUGAUGGAUAUGUUUAACUUAAUAAAUCAAAUGCUACGAUCAAGUUCAUAGUAAUACUCAGGUUAAUUAUUAGGAUAAUAAUGAUAUAAAGAGAUAGUUGUUAAAUUGAUUAGGUUUGAUAUUUGCAAAAAAUACAAACCUUCUGUUAAAGUUACUUACAAUAUACUUUUGUAAAUAGUAGUUAAGUUUAAAAUUUUUCUUCAAUUAUCUAAUUAUGAUACUUAAUUUUUGCCAAUUAUUACUCCAUUUUUUUCUUAUUUAUUUUCUUCAAUGUAAUUUGCAGUAAAAAUAUUCUUUUGUAUCGUAAAAUAACACAAGUGUUUUUA